UUUUAGACAUUAAGCGAUUAAAUAUGAAACAAUUUUUUUCUCGUCGCAAACGCGCAGAUGAUCCAGAAACUGGUUGUUUUGGGAAUAGGAAUGAAACUUGUGGAGAAACAUUUCGCCGUGGUGGAUUUAAUUGUUGUAUUGGCUGGACAAUUCUUUUGGUGACUAUAAUUGCUUUAGGCUUGUAUUUUGGCAUUAAAUGGAUGAAAGCCCAUGUUUCAUUAUGA